UAUCAUAUAAUUUGCAUUAUAUUCAGUAAAUAAAGUGUUCCUUAACGUAAUAAGAUAUUAAUACUUUAAGUUUACUUAUUUAUUUAUUUGAGAAUGAGUAUUGUAUCAACAUCUGUUUAUAUUUAUGAGAAUUGUUUUACAUUAAAUUUAUGUUUAAUUACGAUUAUAUCAUUAUAUUUCGAUAAUGAUAGUCCUUGUAUGAAUGAUUGACAAAUUUAGAGGACUCGAGAUUAUAUUUUUGUUGUUUAUAAACAAAUAAAAUAAAUAUAUUUUAUAAUAUAGCUAAAGGUUAAGUUACCAUUGAUAUUUUAAUCAUUAUUAAUCAUGUAACUUAUAGAAUUAUAUUGUAAAACAAUACCGAUCAAUUAAUUUAAUACUAAACUGUUGGCACAUUACUGCUUAAGGCCGUUCACUUUGACAGCUAGAAGUGCCGGAAUGGUUUGUGAUUGGCGGUGAAUGUUCUGCACCGGAUCACUAUUGGAGUAGACGAUGGACGGCGGGGGUGAGCGGUGGAGAGCGGGGAGGAGACCGGCCGCGUCACCAACAAUGGCCGGCAGAACGGUCGCCAGCGAACAGCUUCUGUCUCACUCCGACGCCAGCAGAACAGGUGUACGACGACGAGAUGGAGAUAUUUCCGUGCGAUCGGUCGUCCGACCACCGCCGUCCCUGUCACACGCAGCGGCGACGAUCGUGCGUCUCGCUCGUGUCGCGUUAGCCGUACCGCGGCGUAGGAACUCGCCGUGGAGCCUCAUACGCGGGUCAUAAACGAUCCGCGGCCAUAGUAGAGGUGCACGCUCGAAUCGAUCCGAUCGCGAUAAAGACAUCACCCGCGAGGCGAGCCGCGACCCGCGCGCCGCGUCGCCGAGCGAUGACUUCCAAGUUCAUCAUAGAUAGCAUGCUGCCCAAGUAUCACCAGCAGUUCCACCAUCAGAACCUGUUCUCGGCGGGAGCGCCCAUAGAAGGCUCGCUGUCAUCAUCGCUGUCCUCGUCUCUGUCGGGGGGCCUGGGCGCCGCGCUGGGAGCGGGGUCUCCGGGGGCCGGGAGCCCACAGCGUUCCUCGUCAUCGUCGUCGGCGUCGCCGGGAGCGCCGGCCAGGAUGUAUCCUUACGUGUCCCAUCACCAGCAAUUCGGAGGCUCGGUGCCAUUUCCGACCGGCGGAGGUCUAGCGGACGAUAAGAGCUGUAGAUACCCUUCGGCGGUGAGUGGAGACCCCAUGGUGAACUACGCGCUGGGUCAGCAUAACGGUGGAGCGGCGGUGUCCGCUGCCUCGGCGAGUAUGGCCGCGGCGGCUCAAUUCUACCACCAGGCUGCAGCCUCCGCGGCCUCCGCAGCCUCGGCCGCCUCCGUAGAUGCCAUGGGCGCCGCGUGCUCGCAGCCCUCCGCCCAGCCUCUCCCGGACAUCCCGCGCUAUCCCUGGAUGUCCAUCACCGAUUUUCCAUUUCCAGAUUGGAUGAGUCCCUUCGACCGCGUCGUCUGCGGUGAGUUCAAUGGACCCAAUGGUUGUCCACGGCGACGGGGCAGACAGACAUACACCAGGUUUCAGACACUAGAACUAGAAAAGGAAUUCCACUUCAACCACUACCUGACGCGUCGGCGUAGGAUAGAGAUCGCACACGCGCUCUGCCUCACAGAGAGACAGAUAAAGAUAUGGUUCCAAAAUCGACGUAUGAAAUUAAAGAAGGAAUUGCGCGCCGUCAAGGAGAUAAAUGAGCAAGCCCGCAGGGAGAGAGAGGAACAGGACAGGAUGAAGCAGCAGCAGCAAGAGAAGCAGGCGAAGCUGGAGAGCCAGCACCAUGGCCACCACGUCACCCAUCACCACGAUCCCAUGAAGAUGCCUAUAGACAAAGGCUCCAGCGACAUCCUCAAAGUGAACAAAGUGCCGACGUAAGUCCGCAUCGUAAUCCUGACUGAAUUGUAUCAUAUAGUGUGAAUACAUGAAUGUGUUUCGUCCAGGGCUGAGUUAGUCUUCGUACGUUUUAUUUCGCUGAUGAGUUAUUGGAGGUGGACCUUGAAUGUAAUGAUGUUCCUUUAGUACGGACUUGCCUCGGUGUUCUGCUAGUGGACGUUCUGGUGAAGUGCUUUAAGCAUUUAUUUUGUUGCCAUAACCACACCAUGUAUUGCAAUAAUAUAAUAAUAUUUUUUACAAAACUUAUCGCUCGUCCCGCUUCCGAGUGGUUUUCGGUAUUGUUAGUUAAGAUUUAAAAUCUGUGAAUCUCAUAGUAUUUAUUGCUACCACUUACUUUAAUUCAUUAUGUUAUAUAUUAUUUUUUAUACAUAGUUAUUAUAUUAUGUACAUUUUGAUGUAUAUUUUAUUAUUUGUCCACUGUUAGUGGUCUGGUUAUGUUUUGAGGGUCACAUUUUUAUGUAAAAUUUGUUGUAUUUUAUAAGUUGAUAUCGAAAAAAGAGAUGAAAGUUUAAUUUUUUAUUAUUAUUUUCCAAGUUGUGAUUCCUUGACCGUUGCUAACAUUGUUGUUUUGAACAAUCUUUUUAUACAACACUUACCGUACACAUAUUAUAAUAACUAAUGCAAUAAGACGUUAGACGUGUAAUAUCUUUAACCUACAAUAUACGUAUCAAAGUACAAUUGAAGUUUCAUCUAGACGUUUGAUUGUUUUGUAUACAAUGUUGACAUAAAAUUAAAGCAGUAUUUUUGAAGAUAUCUAUUAAAAAAUACAGAACAAAAUGAAAAUCGAACAUUGUCCAUGAAUAAACAAUCUGACGUUCAAAAUUUAUAUACGUAACAUCGAUACAUAUAACAGAAUACAUGACUAAAAUAAUUUUUACAUGUAAUUUUUAAAUCGAUUAGUCUAAGUGUAAUAUACAUAGAUAAAAUAGGUUUGAAUCUACUUUAUAUAGUAUUGCUAAGAUUUGAAGCUAUAAACCUUAGUUGUUUGUCAUACUUUGCGUAUAUGAACACAUUUCUUUGUAAUAAACUUAUAUGCAAUAGUUUAUGCGUCAAGUGCUACUGGUAUUGUCAGGUUGUGCCAAAAUAUAAUUAAUUAUAUUAGCUUUAUUGAGUCACGAUACAUUUUGGCAUUUAACAACCGGCACAUAUAACUCAUACGUAAAUCAGAUUAAUAUUAGUAUUCUAAAUUUAGUGUUGAUAGUCACCAUUAUACGUAAAUUAAUGUCAGGGUAGAACUAAGAAAAAAUUAAAUAAAAACUUGUAUUGACCGGAAAUUCUUAACAUUUUUGAUGUUCGGUAAACAGUCUGUCAAUGUUUUUCAUGAAUCAGUAGGAUCGUGUCACCCAUUUAGCAGAACGAAACCUCUUAGAUGUAAGUCACUUAUACAAUUUUUCGAACACAAUUUCGUCAGAGAACAAGAGCAAUAUACAGAAUAUAUCAUACUUUUCAUAGUUUUUUAAAUAAUUAAUAAAAUAUGUUAUAACAUUAAUUAGAAUAGUCGUGUUAUACCGCCCAAAGGCGUUCGUGCAAUUACUAUUCUUUCCAUGAGCCAUAGGUAUCGAAUAUAAUAGAAGUUUUGUGCAAAAUCACGAAUGAAUAAAAUUGAACAAAAUGUACUUAAGUAACUUUGGUAUAUGUAGGCUUUAUAAAUUAUAAUGCAUAGAUUAUAAAUUAGGAACUGAUGGUGAGCGUGAAAGAUUCGAAGUAUUUCAUUAUAAACGCUUAAUUAACGUAAAGUAUCGUUAUUGUGGAGGUAACGAGAGUGUCGAACGCAACGUACACACAACAAGGAAUGCAAUGUGUGUAUACGAUCUUAUACGAACCGUUAUGAUCUAUUCCGUUGUAAUCAUAAUUGAUAUAUUUUUUUUAUAUUAUUAUUAUUAUUAUCGUUACUUUCAUGGGUCUGUGCAAAUGACGUUUUCCACUCGCCACUAUCCACUGUUAAGCGAUUCCUAAUUAAGUUUCGUUUCUAACAAUAGGUAAAGUCGUAUCUGAGUAAUGGUGUCUGUGUGUAUGUGCGUCGGAUGAUUUAUGACAGGUUUUCUUUAUUGUUUCUGCCUCGUAAAGAACUGUAGAUAAUUCACGUGAAACAAUGAGCAAUUUGCUAAAUAGAUUAUAUACGACCUCCAUCCGUAAUGCUGUCUUGCCAUAUUGCUAGUGUUUCUUAGACUAUAGGUAUUAUCGUAAUACCCAAUACCUAGCUGAGUGUAACGUUAUUUAUAAGAUAGUUCCAUCCCUUAUUUUUUGUUCUCAAAAUUUGAUGUUGUUCCGUCAAAGUUAAGUUAAUAGUUUAAGUUAAAAAGAUAUUUGUUAAGUUGGAAAACCUAUUACUACAUUUAUGAUGAUUUAAAAUUUUAUAUUAUAUUAACAAGACUUCCGUUUAUAGUUAUAAAAUCUGUAUUGUUUUAAUUUUGUCUAAACGUAAUUGUAGCUAUGUAUGUAUGUACCUAUAUCUAUAUUUUCUAUAGUAAUUAAAACAAAAAAUGUCUUUAAAAAUUAAGUAACUGUAAAUAGUCGUGGAAGUUUUUAUGUGGCGCAUUAUUUUAUUUUUUAUCAUUAUGUUAUGUAUUUAUGUAUAGGACGAUUUAUGACGAUUUCACUCGGCCGACAACGAACAGAACAUUAUAACAGAAACUAAAAGAAACAAUAUGUCAAUAAACAAUAUAUAUUAUAAAACUGUUACUUAUAAAGUACUGAUAUUGUUUUAAAAUAAAAUCAACGACUCCGGUCGAGUGAAAUCUUAAGUUCGUUCUAAAGUGAUUGUGUCGUGUUAACUUAAGAUAGCUGGGUUGUUGUAUAUUAAACCCGCAUUCAAUAUUGUAAUAUUAAUUUCGAAAAUUCAACAGAAUAAAGAGUUAAUAAAACAAUUUUAGUGU